GUUUCUGCAACUGUUCCUCAUUCCUCCAAACCAAAACAACUUGACGACUUAUUCUACAUCUCGUUAAGCUCAACGCCUCGUGCUGAUAUCUACGCCACGAAUCAAACUGUAUCUAUAUCUAUUCGAUCCGUGGCGCUCAAUCAUUGAACCCUCUUUCCUACUGCCUAGGUUUUGGAGGUGAUUACGAAAGCUUGCCUCUUGCGCCGUGGAACUCUAAGCUUUCGAGCUAACCCACCACAUUCCUUCGACUGCGCGCAAUGAUAAACCGAUCACAAUAACACCCCUCGCUCGCACUAAUUCUCUCACUUUCUUCUCCUGUUAUCGGCAGCGCGACAUGUGCGCUCGCCCAGCAUGGAGGAUCCCUGGGGUUCCCCUUGGACCAACGACGAGCCACCAAAGUUAGACCUUCCCGCGCCGCCGCCACAUGCGCACUUUGCUGCAGACCACUCGGGCAGUUCGCAGCGCGUUUCGCCUGCUCAUACGCCAUGGAACGAAGACGAUGAUGCAUGGGGCGGAUGGGCCGAGACGGGUAAAGAUAGUAGCCCGCGCUGGGGCAGAAGUCCUGGCUUACGCCCUAUAGGGGGUAGUCCAGCUGGUUCGAGGUUACCAUCGCCGACCCCGGAUCCAUGGGGACGUUCGCCAACGUUUGAUACAGCACGACUACGAAAGGAGGAUAACGGAGAUUCAGCGAUCAGUCUUGGUGAAGGACUGCGACCGAUUGUAGGGCGUGUUGCGACGAGGACACCAUCACCUGCGCGGUCACUUAAGGAGAACGCAGCAGAUAUUUGGCAGCAAUCAGACCCGGCGCUUUCGAAUAGGAGCUUAAGUCCUUUACCGAUCGAAGAUGAAGGCCGACCGGAAUCACCGAGUGGAGUUCCCAGACCAGCUUUACAGCGUGGAACAAGACCGCCUGCUUUGCGACAACCGUCUAAUAAGGUUUCUGAGUUGGUGGAGAUGUACGAUGAUAUGGCAAAGAGCAGCCAUAGCGCUUCGCCUAUUGAUCCAUCCAUGCGAAAGGUCUCGGAUAAUAGCUCGGUAGAGGAUGUCACGAUUGACAUGAAGGUUGACGAACACGAUGAGGUUGAGGAGGAAUUACAGGCGAAGGCUAAGGCGGAGGAGGAAGCGAAGGAAGAGUCGAAUGAAGAACUUGGACCUGGACUGGAGAAAGAGAUGGAACCGGAGGUGGAAGAGAAGUCGAAACCUGAACCUGAGCCAGAAACGAAAGUAGAGAUCGUGUCUGAAGAAACGCUGGAUCAAGAGGAGAAUGUGAUGGAGAAUGGAAUUGAAGAGUCAUCCAAGGAUGAAGACCAAGGGCAGACAGAAUCGGAUUCAUGGUCGGAUUUCGAAUCACCCAUGAAGGAGGCACAGCAAGACGAGACUAAGCAACCGGAAGUCGAAGUUCCCAAAGAACAGCCGAUAGCAACGACAACUGAGACGACGAGCCAUGAGGAAACGCCUAAAGAAACAAUACCAGCUCGGCCGAAGCCACCCUCGGUACCGUUCACAAUUGACAUGUCAAAGCUUGAUGAUAUCUUCCCAUCAGUCGAAACGAGCUUCCCAUCCCCAGAGCCGAUCCCUGAUGUCAUUAUCGACGAUAGCUUCACUUCCAUCUCAGAGCGCAAAGCAUGGUAUCUCAUGUCGAGACCUGGUUCAAUGCGGAAACACAAUUUGGGAGACGACGAAAACUAUGUUCGCGUUGGCUGGGGAAACUCCCAUGUGCGUGAACAAGCAAUCGGGAUUGUCAGACGAUGGAUGGAGGAAGACUCGAUCACGGGACGUGUUGUUCUCGGCCGAAGAGGUGGUGCAGCUGGUGCAAAGAUCUUCAACUGGGAUUCAUCGGCGCCAUCCACCGAGAUAUCAAUCUCCGAACUCUUGGCGAGGAAGAAUCAUUCGAGGCAGACUUCAGCAGCUUCCAAAGGAACUGUCGCAUCGCCUACGGCUGCAGCGUUUGGAUGGGGUAGCAACCCCGUCCCUUCGCCAACUGUUGCUGCACCCCCUUCUGCGCCUCGCACUUCGACCACAAGUGCACCAAGGUCAUCAGUUGAAACGUCGCCAGUUGAGACCACGAAAACAUCCCCUGUGUCAAAGACAAGAGCACCUCCUUUGGCAUCUCCUCCAAGACCACGCAUCACCGAGGAGCCUCCUUCUCCUAUUAAGCCUACACCAUUAAAACCUACGAACCGACCUAUCUCUAUAACGCAACCUCUGCAUUUCCCAGCGUCACCUACAAUCUCAGAGCCCCAGUCUCCACUCAAUCCUCCUUCGCUUCUAUCAACAAACCGACCGGUAUCGGCAUCGCAAGCACCAACAUCCCCUCUAGCACAACCUCCAACAAACGCAGGCUGGGGCGACGAUGAUGACGACGAAGAGGAUUGGGGCGAUAUGGUUUCAUCGCCUACGGCUCAAACAAACGGCGGCUUUACUUCCAUGGAUGCCAUUGUGGACUCCAGUUCGAAUGAUAAGAAUGACCAUACCAGCCAACCCUCGAUUACAGCUGAAAGUCCGUUGGAUGACACAAUCCAGAGUACGUCGCACCCCGAAAUAGUGACCAAAGGCCGAUCCUCUAUGGAUACUUUGCCUUUACCGCUGCAAAGCUCUGCGCCUAACCACGCUCAAUCGCCCACGGACCCCUGGAACAUUUCAGCACUGCAAGGCAUAGCUUCGAGCCACUCUCGAUCGACUACUGUCGAUUUGACUGCUUCGCCUAUGAAGAGCUUGAUCCCCAAUCAUUCAAGAUCGACAACAGUUGACUUGGGAACACCUCGGUCGCCCUUGGCAAGUCUUGCAUCCGCAAACCUGAUGUCAAACAAGGCCAAAUCACCAAUCGAGCAAGCAAAUAAAGUCAAUGGAUGGGACUCUUGGGGUUUGGGUCUGCUCGAUGACUUCAACAAGCCAGUGAAACCCAGAGAAGAUGGUAUGUUUGCAAACCAACAGCUGCAAGCUCCUACGCCAAUUGACACACUCAAAGACAUGGCAUCUCCUAAAAAGCCACGACCGGUAUCACUACCUGUCCCUCCGCGACCAAGAACGGUCGUUGAGUCUUCUCAAGACGACGAGAUCGUCGCGAAUAUUCUUCGAGAUCUGCCGGAUCUCUCUUACAUGUUACGAUAAUGCGGGGUAGUCAUGAAGAGUAAGAGAAGGAAAAAUACGUGUGUGGAAGGGGUAAACAUUGCUGCCAGGGAAUUGCUUCACGAGUGGCCGAUUGUCAGCUGUAUAUUAAUCAUUGAAGGCGUUGAUCCGUGUUUUGGAUAGCACUGCCAUACAAUUGCUUGGAAAAAACAUAGAACUUAUGAAUGAUCGCAAGCUGUUUUUAGAGCGUUCUUCGGUGUGACGUCUUGCCAAACGAGACAUGUGCAUGCUGCCUCGAGACAAAUACAGUCCAUGCAAAACUUCAGGGGGCAGAUCAUAAGUAGACCGACUUCACCUCAUUCUCAACAUAAUCUUCAGCUUUACUAUCA